CGCCCCGACGGGCGGGGAAAAGGGCCGGGAAGUCGCCGCCGCCGCCACCCGGCCAUCCUCCUCGUGCCCCUCGACGGAGGGACCUUCCCGGGAGCCGCCUUCAGCGGGAGAAGCGUCUUCCUGUGGCAACUGCUCCAAAGCGGGAGGGGGCACAGAAGACCAGCCCCCAGCGGGACAUCUGUCCAGCCGUCCAGUCGCUGUGGGACUCCUGAGAGUCUCCGUGCUGGCGAGACAUGUCAGCCCCUCAGAUCCUGGUCACUGUCUGCGAUGAUGGGGCACCGCCCCAGUCGGACCGAGACGCCGCAGACGACGGGGGUGGCAGUGGCCCAGGGGUCUCCAGCCCAGUGGCGCUGGAGCCCCUGGAGAAGGAGUGGCUGCAGGCAGCGGCCGGGGGCCACAUGGCCACCCUCAGCCACCUGCUCCAGCAGGACCCCACCCUCGCCUCCAAGAAGGAUUUCACCUCGUUCACAGCCCUCCACUGGGCAGCAAAGCACGGCAAGGAGGAGCUGGUGACCCUCCUCCUGGGGGCCGGGGCCGACGUCAACAUGCGAGCGGGGGGCUACACCCCCCUGCACAUUGCCGCCCUACACGGCCACCGGCGGCUGAUGGAGUUGCUCAUCUGGACCCAUGGUGCCAACCAGGACGUCCGGGAUUACAGCGGCCACCUGGCCAAGCACUACCUCUGCGUGGAGACCCCGGAGGGAGCCCCCACCCCACCCCGUGUCUCCCCAGAGCUGAGCCCGAUCCGGGGGGAGCGCAGCAGGAACCGGAAGCUGGCUUGCCUCCUCCUGCCCAGGACCAUCCACCCAGCGCAGCGCAGAUGGGGUUCGGCCAACGACUUGGCGGAAGAGGAGGAGGAAGAGGAGCCCCAGGAGACCCCCCAGCACCUGGCGCCCCCAGGCAGCUACCGGGCCGUGCGCAAGUUCUCUCGCUAGACAGACAGACAGGCCCCUGGACUCGGCCAGCCUCUCGCUCAGGGACAGGCAGUGGUGGCGCAGUGGUUAGAGCAUUGGACCAGGACCUGGGAGACACCAGGGUUUCAGUCAUUCCACGAGUGGCACUGGGGGCCAGUCGCUGCCUCUCAGCCCAGCCUUCCUCACAGGGCUGUUGUGAGGGGGAAAUGGGGGGAGAAUCAUGCCAGGCCCCUUGAGCGCCGUACAGAAAAUGUUGGGCUAUAAAUGGAGAAAAUAUUUAGAAUAACCUUUUAUAUACAUUACAGCCAAGAGGUGAAGAAUCAGAAGCACUCAUUCUCUCUCUCUCUCUCUCUCUCUCUCUCUCUCUCUCUUUCUUUCUUCUUCUUCUUCUUCUUCUUUCUUUGUAUUUGUUUUUAUUUAAUCGGUUUUUUUUACCUUUUGUAUUCUAAAAAGAUAUUUUUUACUUGGUAUUCAUCUUUGUAUAUCUCCUUUCAAGCUUUAAUAAAAUAUAUUGGGGGAAAAG